GAGUGCAGCAGCUGGAUGGGUACACUGCGCCGCCCAAGCCGAACAAUCAGCCCACCGAGCUCCCCUCUGAAGCGCAUGUUGUCGUCAGAGACACCUAUCGGUAGACUAGGAGCUAUAACUUUGCAUCCUCUUCGGCUGCGCCCUUACCGCUCUGCCGGGCCGGGUCCCACCGGACGGAAUCAUCAACGUUGCCUGUCCGAUGCCGCUUCAACUAUCUCCAGGGUCCUCGUACUUCCUCAUCAUCGUGCAGCAUGUGGUUUCGAAAUUGUCCUUCGGUAGUAUAGGGCAGUGUUCGAAUUUCCAACGCCAUCGGCAUUCCUUGGAUAUGGGAGCUUUCGUCAGGUCAAAACCUCGUCGGGGCCCAAACGGUGGAAGAAUAUCGUUCGGACACGGCGACGCUCAAAGCAAGACCCCCAUGCCGGCCAUAUAUCAGCACUCUAGUCGAACGACCCGGGAGGCACCUGGGUUGCACGAGUGGACAACCCACCGCUCCACAUGGGGGAUUGGGCCCGUCGGGUCGCUGUGCGGUGGGUCCUGCUCGUUGACGACGCUUCGCCUCCCCACAGAAAUGAAAUCACGACUCCUGCCUGUGGCACGCGGCAACGCUGGUACCCAGGUACCUCUCAUCUUGGUCGUGCACCAAUCAGCAUUCAGGCACCCCUUAGCGCCAAAGAGCUACCCGACGCCUCUUCCAUCACCUCUUCUUUUCGUUCUCAUUAGCCUUCACGUCAACCUCAUUUCAUCUUGCCCCGGGCCUACUUUCUCCCAAAUGUCGCAGCUCGUGUUCAAAGCCCUUGCUCCGCAUGUGACACGGUCUCCUGAACCUUCCUAAUUCGGGUCCAAUGCCGUUCGACUCCGCAUGCCAGUGGAAGCUGUCGAAGCUGCGCUUUACCGCAAGCCCGGUCACCAGACUACAAUGGACGGAUGUUUAAUUAAUUCCCGGGCGAUUGGAGUAGCGGCCUCGGUGCGCCGUCGCGCGAUG